AUGAUAAGCACAUUAACCCCAUCAUCUCAAAGAUCUCAAAGCCCAAUUAAUCCACCACCAAUUUGUCCAAGUCCAGACACAAUUUCAAGAACUGGUUUGGCACCUGCGCCGAAUAUUCCGAAUCCAAGAAAUGCUGGAAGAAAAAAGAGUAAUCCGGUAAGCUGUUUUUUCUGUAAUUUCUGUAAAUUUUCAACAAAUAAACCAAAAACGUGACGUGACAUUCCGUGUCAAAAAUUUUCAAAGCCUUCAUUUCUGUUUUUUUUAAUCCAGUCAUAGCUCAUGUUAUCAACCUCCUACUCUAGUAAGUAUCAUUGCUCAUAUUAGCCUACUUAAAUUUUUUAUGUGAUUCCAAAAAAUAGAUCAAUAUUGAGUUUCAUUGAAUAAAUUACGAAUUCUCAAGAUAUUAUCUGUUUUCAAAAAAUUUAAAAGAUUUUUUAUUCGAUUAAUUUUUGUUUGAAAAAAAAUAAAAUUGUGUUUUUUCAAGGUUUGGGAAUUUUUCACCGAUUUGCGCACACAUGGUUUGGCAGGUGUCCGAUGUCGUUUUUGUCAUUGGGUAACAAAUGACAGAAGUCCGACUACAAUGAAAUUUCAUUUGAAAAGAAAACACGACACAGGUUUGUUGUCAAAUUCUCGAAAAUUUUCCUUGAAUAAAGUUUUUUUUCUUUUAGGACCAGGUGGACUUUGGGCAGUUUGUGAGGAGAAAAUCAAUUCGCAAGCUCCAGCAAAUUAUGCUCCAAGGACGAAGAAAACUGUGAGUUUUUCAUUUAUUUCUUAUCUCCAGAAAUUCAUAUAAAACAUUCCUAGGAUAGGAAAAACUAGUUCGAAACAACGAAAAAAUUAAAAUUCAGUCAGAUCCUCUUAAAAAACCAAUUUAAUGUCUUUGCUUCCUCAUCUCUCCUCUUUUUUCUGACCUACAAAAACGCAUUAAUUUUUACAAUACACGCCGAGAGAGUGUGUAAGAAAUUGAGACGCAGACACGAAACUCGGCGCGAAAUCCAGUUUUAUCCGUCCGUCCGUCCGUCUUUUAAUUUUACACAAAUUUUUUGGCGUUUUUUUUUCAAUUCAAUUUCGAAAGAAUUUUUUCUCAAUGGGAAGAUGAAUGAGGAGAAAAGGGAUUAGAAAAAAAUAAAGGAAAAAUAUGUAGAUAUAUUUGGAUAGUGAAACUUAUUUGAAUGUUUGUAUACAACUUUGUGGAUCGAUUGGGGUUUGAGAAUUUGGAAUUUGAAACAAAAUAGAGAAUUUUGAACAAAAAAGAACACAUGAGUCACAAAAUCAUGAUUUUUUUACCAAAAUUCAAGUUACGGGAAACAUUUUCUAAAAAAUUGUACAUAGAUUUACUACUGUAGGUAGCUAAUAUGAGCAAUGCUCUUUCAAGAUUCACUACUCUAUAUAUCUUCAAAGCUGGAUUACUGUAGAAUCUUGACAUGUGCAAUAUCUGAUUCACUUUACAAAAGUAAUUUUCAGAAAUGAAAUUAAAAAUUUUCGGCACUAAAAUUCUAUACAUCUAUAAAAAUUACGGUAAAUUCUAAUAUUUUUUCUUUCAGCCCGAAGAUAUUUUCAUCAAAGCUCUCAGUCAACAAUCAAAUCAAUUUCCAUCAUUCAAUCCUUUCGGAACUGCAGAAAUUAAGCUUGCAGGUUUGUUCCGCGAAUAGUUUUUCUGAAGUUACGUAUAUUUUUUUAGAUCUAUCAGCUCAAGAUGAUUUCCUCGCUGCUCUUAUUCAACAAGCAUCACAAUAUGCAAAUUCAAGCACAAGUCCAUCUGCAAAUUCGAAUGAAAAUGGAAACACAAAUGAAAACGAAUCAAUAUCUCUCGCGGAUUCAGUUUUUCUCAGCAAAUUGAAUGAUCAACUUCCGGUUACUGUAAGUUCAUGGUCUGAUAUUUUAAAAAUACUUAAUCUUCAAGUUAUUUUUUUCAGAAAGAAGAAGAUUCUUCAUCAUCUUCAGUUAGUGGAAUCACAACUGGAACUGAUUUUCAUCUUUCUGAUGGAUCGAGUAUUGCCACACUUUUACAAAUUGCAUCCGAUUCUGAAUUGAAUUUCAAUGUUCGAAAAUUGGGAGAAUAUUCAUUUGAAGCGAGAAAUGAUAAAACUGUAAGUUCAUGAGAAAAUAGUUAAAAUUUCAAGAAGCUAGUUUUCCAAAUAAAAAAAUAGGACCGGAGUUAACCUGUGAGGAAAAUAGUUUUAGAGCUUCAAAGUUCAAUUGAAUUCAAAAAAAUUCAAUUUUUCAGAAUAAGAUGAUAACUUUAUCUGAUUGCGGAAAUGAGAUUCGUGUUUCACACGUUGAAAAUGACGAAGAAACUCGAAUCGAAAUGUGGAGAAAAUCAGAUUGGCAACAAUUUACUUGGGCUGUUCGUGGAACUUGUCUUCAUUAUUUGAAACAACAAACUCCAUCGCUCCAAUCAAUUUUUGAACAAUUUCUUCCUCAAAAAUUGGUCAAUUCAGAAGAUGAUGAAUAA